GACAUCUACAAUCUUGUGGCAGACAUGGGAGUUUUGUCUUUAGUGCACAAACCAUGGAAGUGUUUUGUGAAGCUGCGCCAUCACAAACCGAAUGACGUAGCUGACACUCGCUUUCCAGUGGUGUGUGUGUGUGUGUGUGUUGUUUAAGCUUUUACAGGAUUCAGAAGUGUAUACAUGCUACUUCUUUCUGGUCUGAAUCUAGAGCUGUCCGGCUAUGGCGAUGCUAAGCUUGGGCGCUGCAUCGUCCCUCUGUAAUGGUGUCCUCGUCUCGUGCUCUCGAACAGCGAGAUCCAGAAGCUCUAUUGUCACGUAUUCACCGACAUGCUCUGUCAAUCCGGAGUGUCAGGAGUUAUCGGAGCCUGUGUCGCGGCGGAGUGUGCUCUUGCGAGCGGGUUGUGGCGCGGGGAUUGUAACUGUGUCACUAGUUUCUGGUGCGGGAAUUGGCGAAUGCGCCGCGAAGAAGGAGAAAGUGAGAGAGCCGCCGCCGAAAUUUUAUGAGCUGGAGGGGUCGAGUGGGGUGAAGGCGCUGGACAUUCGGCAGGGUAUGGGGGCGAUGCCGGAGGACGGUGACCAGGUUGAGGUGCACUACUACGGUCGCUUAGGGGCGAAGCAAGGGUGGCGCUUUGAUUCCACGUAUGACCACAAGGAUUUUUUCGGAAAUCCGGAGCCAUACGUGUUUAUAUUGGGAGACAAGAAUGUGAUUAGUGGGAUCAAUUCUGCAGUUCGGAGCAUGAAGGAAGGUGGGGUGCGUCGGGUGGUAAUUCCGCCAUCGCAAGGGUACCAGAACACCAACCAAGGUCCUAUCCCGCCUGACUACUUCGACAGACAGAGGCUGUAUACCACCAUUUUCAAUCAGACUCGGCUGGCCAACGGGGAGGGUGACACGCUUGGAACUCUCAUCUUCGACAUUGAAUUGCUCAAGGUUCGCAAGCCGCAGUCUUAACGGUAGUGUAGACGACAGCAUUACUCCAAUUGUAUCCACUGCAAGCUUUCGAGAAUUCUAUUGCUGCCGCGAUUUACUUAUAAUUGGGUUGUACCAAUGCUUUUUCACAGGCAAUUCAGGGAAGCAUUGCGGUAGUUCACACAUUUGUGUACAGAUUUUAACUCGAUAUUACGCAAAUUAGGGUUUUCGUGACAUAGAUUUGUAACCUGUAGGCAAUCAACUUGAGUGAGUUCAAAAUUGUGCAAUCACUCAGAUCCUUCGUGUGCGCUUGAUCACUGUUUACCGAAAUUUCAAGACCAUGAAAUCGUAAGACUCUCAAUCGGAACUGUAGAGUGUUGUUGGCUGAUUAGUUUGAUUUAACCAUCGACAUUAGGUUUAAAGAGUUGUGUUGUGGGGUUUCAGUCAGAUUUGCCCUUGCUCAACUCGGCAACUCCACUGUGACAAUGUGUUGCAAUAUCGACGAUGCAUUUUCAAAAAUGAGAUUUUACUUCCUAGGAUUAUUCAUUCUA